UUGGAACCCCAUUCUCCAUUUUCUGCCUCAAACCAUGUCCUUGAAUGCCCAGCGCCCUCGUGUUACAGUCAAUGGUAUCCGAAGAAUGAGAACAUUCCAUUACUUCUGGUGCCAAACUUGCCGACGAACCUCAAGGUUCUCAACCAUAAACUCGCAUGAAAACCUCUGUCCUCAUUGCUUUAGUGUGCUAAAUCAUGAGCUUGACAUAUCGAGGCCCAGGCUUGUCCCUGACCUCACCGAGCUCGAACCCUCUCCGGCUUCACGGUUGUUGGACUCGUUAGCACUAAUGCUUCAUCCUUCAAUAAGGAGGCAAUAUCCUGAAUUUGAUAGAAGAAUUCGUUGGGAAUCCGAAGGUGCCAAUGCACCUUGGAUUACACUUCAGUUUCUUGAACCUCCUCGCCCGGAAAGACUACCCAUGGCUUCGCCGUCGCCGGCUCAAAUGGUUGCUCCUGGCGGUGUUGCUCCUGCUGCUAAUAAUGGAAGAAAUGAGAACUUUGCUAAUGCAGGCUAUGAAGCUAACUUGUUUGCUCCGGAGAUGACUGAUAUUGACAGGCCUGGCCCUCCUCCUGCGUCAGCUUCAGCGAUUGAGACACUGCCGAUAGUGAAGAUUACACAAGAACAUUUGAUGAAGGACACGCAUUGUCCAGUGUGCAAGGACGAAUUUGAGGUUGCUGUGGAAGUGAGGGAGCUUCCCUGCAAGCAUUUGUACCAUUCUGAUUGUAUUGUUCCUUGGUUGAACAUGCACAAUUCUUGCCCAGUUUGCCGGCACCCUCUCUAUGAUGGUUUUGAAGAUCAUCUCCAGCAAGAAAAUGGUCAAUCUUUUGGGUUUGAAGAGGUGGUAAAUAGCAUGAAUUGGAUGAGGAACCAGUUCCUUUCUCUAUGGCCUGUACGUGCAUUUUCAGAUUGGACUCAGAGAUAUCUUGAUUUCUUGGAUAACAGGGUUGCAUCUUCCAGGGGAGCAAGUUCCUGGUGGCGUUCUUUCUUCGUUUUAUGACUCUGCAUCUCAAUCGCUCUUUAUGCUGGAAAAGCUGUAUAUAUUAUUGGCCUUACAAUUGAAUCAUUUCUUAAUUAGGCAGGUAUAUCUAACUUAUUCUAUAAUUUUCAAGAUUGCAAAGAUGAAAGGAUAUUGAAGCUUAACAGGUAUGCUUGCCAAUUCCUUUUUCAGUUUGAUGUCCUUAUUGAGCUUAAUCCAACUUCUGUUGAAUUUCUCACUCAGCAGGUGCUUAACUUAGACCCACCCAGGGUCCAGUUCAGGUCCAAUACUAGACCGGAGCUUCAUAGGCCCGAUUCGGGCCAGAACCGUUUCCCUCCCCCUUAAUCCAAUCUGGUUUUAACCAGAAGAAAAAAAAAAUUAACCGUUGAAUCGACUCAAGUUGAAACCAGCUGAACCCUAUGGUCCGGUUUAGAGU